AUGGAAAUUGAUCUCUUGUCCAUUAUUCUACUCUUCCUCAUUGCUUUAUUCACAUAUCUAUCAAUACGAGACGCGCCAAAUCCCGACGUACACCCACUUUUACUCGCUUCACAAUCGGACGUAGCGCGUGUACGCUAUCCCGAAGAAACCUCAGUCUACAAGUCUUGUCAGGCGCAACACGGGUUAGCUUUUUUGAACGCUCCAAAUAAACACAUUAAAACUGUUGUUGAUUUGUUUCAGAAUGGCACGACAUUGGGUGCGAAUUUGUUUGGGAGUCGGGAAGGAGGAAAUGGGUCGUAUUCGUGGCAAACAUAUAGUGCGAAUAAAGUGAGUGAAAGAGUCACGAAUUUUGGAUCUGGACUGAUAAAAUUUACUGGACUAUCACCUCACAAACACGAGCCAGUUGGAAUUUUCAUGAAGAAUCGGCCAGAAUGGGUGAUUGCAGAUUUGGCUGCUGCACAUUACAGCUUGAUCUCAGUACCCCUACCCUCCAUUCGUCCACGACUUCAAGAUAUAAUCAGCGCAAUAAACAUCACCGAACUCACCACGAUCAUAGUGUCUUCCGAAACAUUGCCCAAUGUGUUUUCCGCGUCGCCUUCUACCAAAACUUUAAAAUACAUAAUAGUAACGACACCUGCUGUUAGCCCAGAUAUGGUACAGAAGGCUAAAUCUUUAGGACUCGAGUUGAUGACUUUUGAGGAUAUUGAAAGAUUGGGUGGUGAAGAUAAGAUUGAACAUGUGCUCCCAGAGCCAGAAGAUGUCGCGACGAUUGUUUUCACGAGCGGGAGCACAUCUGGUGAACCACGAGCAAUCGAGCUUACACAUUCGAAUAUUGUUGCCGCUAGUAUUACGGCCGUUGCUCCAACACUACAUAAACUAAAACCCUCAGAUGUACAUUUAUCAUAUUUACCUUUAGCUGCCAUUUUCGAGAGAACCUUUGUCGCAGCACUUUUAUUUGCGGGAGCAUCGAUUGCUUUCUAUAGUGGUGAUAUCUCCAAAAUCCUUAAUGAUGCCCAAGAAGUAAAACCUACGGUGUUUACAAGCGUUCCACAAUUCUUGACAAAAUUCCACGAGGAAAUCUUACAAAAACACGGCAAUCGCCCAUUCUUCAAAAAGGCACUCGAGAUAAAACUGGCUUGGUUGAGAAAGGGAAGAUUGGUGGGAAACUCGAUUUGGGAUGCACUGGUCUUCAAAGACGUGAAAACAAAAUUCGGGGGACAAAUUCGAGUUAUCAUUUCUGCUGCAGGACCUAUUUCACAGCCUACACUCGACUUUCUUCGUGUUACUGUCGGAUCUCAGGUUAUACAAGCAUACGGGUUAACAGAGUGUAGUGGAGCAGUCACCGCGAAUAGCUUCCACGAUUACCAGUUAGCCGAUGGUUUUUUGGCACAUGUUGGACCUCCUAUCACUUGUAAUGAAAUCAAGUUGAUUAAUUGUGAAGCUAAAGGAUAUAAUGUCGAAGAUAUACCUAAUCCGAGAGGCGAAAUAUGUGUACGUGGUUCUAACGUGAUGAAGGGAUACUACAAAAAUCCGGAAGAAACGGCAAGAGUGAUCGAUUCUAAUGGAUGGCUUCAUACAGGCGAUAUUGGCAUGAUUCUUCCAAAUGGUACUUUGAAAAUAAUUGAACGUAAAUCGAUGUUUGAAUUUACCGUGACGGAAUAUCUUGAUAAAACGAAAAGUAAAGAUUCGACCAUUCUCGGAAUCUUAGAAUAUGCACGAUCAAAUUCCAAAUUAUCCGCUACGAAGAUUUUAUCUAACUUCGACUCAGUAUUCUCCACUGCCGAGGUGAAGCAAUUCAUUAAGGAUCUUGAAUAUCAUGAGGAAGCGCGGGUAAAUGUCACAUCCACCUACACAGUUACAGUUUUAAAGUUCAUUGAUCAAUUACGAGAAACAGCCAAUUUAGAAAAUAGACAGAAGCACCCUGUGCGUGAGAAAAUUACUAGAUCGUUAGAUGUCGAAGAAGAUCGUUUGUACAAACGUCAACGUAGAGAUAAUGAACUUGAGGAUUUAUUAAUGUUUAGCAACAAAAAUGCUUUCUCAUGUAAAUUUUUUGGAAUACAGGCGCAUCAGUCGUUAAUUUCCGAUGCUUUUAAUUAUGAUAAAAAAACUCAAUAUGAAUUAUCAUUAAAUCCAAUCUGGUGGAGAAUUAUCGACCUGAAGCAGAGAGAUGUUUACAGUUUCUUGAAAAG